AUACGCUGAGACGUCAAUUGAUGUCACUGGAGUCGACAAAUGCGUGCACGCCGAUUAGUUGCUAGACUUUUUAGCCAAUGGCGCACUGUUGCUCAGCUCACGUGAUAAUACCGUCAACUGUCCCCUUUUCACUCAUUUCGGUUCCUUGUUUUAAAGCAUCAGACGUGACCUCUUGAGAUUGAUCAAAAAGAGCUUUAUAUGUUCAGUGUCAACUCAUUAUUUCAGCAGAUAAAGACCGUCAGAGUGAUUUUUCACACAGUAUUUACGUUUAUAGUCAUCGUUAAUAGUUCACGUCACGACCACUGGGCUACAUUAACACCCAUCUAUAGAUCCGCGUAACACUCCCAAGCCCAGCUAUCUGUUAUACCGGUAACCAUUAGGUGGAGAUUGCCUGCCAUACAUUUAUGCGCACGCGACACAGCGUGCAAGUCUCAGUUCGUUCUCAGUUAGCAACCAAGAAAUAGUGUAAGCGCUUCAUAAGGAAAACUGUAAGAGAAGAACACAGGAGAGUCACUGGAGUUAAGAAGCCCAAGUCACCUUAUAAGGUAAUUUUGUACAGAUGGCCGAUAUGAGGAUGUUAACACUCACUAGCGUAUUAGUCUCUCUACUCUUCAUGGCAGAAAUUCAAAGAUGCCAAGGGCAGAUACAUUACAAGAAUCCUGGAUGGGGACCUGGUGGUAAAAGGAGUUCACACAUGACUGGUAGCAAUGUAUUAAGGAAACGGCAUUGGCGCGUGGAAUCUGAUCAGAUGGGUACAGACAGCAUGCAGAAAGAACGAAACUUGAUCAUGCUUCAAGAAAUUGCAAAAUCUUUGGCAAAGCAACUGGUAGUACCAACGAGUGAGGACGACACAGUCCUGGACCAAUUAACGGUCGACCAAUGGCGGCAGGAAGCAGACGAGAUAAAUGACAACGGUUGGAAUUAAGCGGGAAAAGCUCUGAAAUUUGACAACAAUUAUUUAGAAUCAGGAAGAACUGAACAACUUGAUACAGGUUCAUAUGUGUUUGUAUUGCUUUCUUUUUUCUUCAAACGUUAUGGGUGUUGCGGAAUAUAUUGUAAGAAAUAGACCAGGAGUUUAAGAACUCUCAUUUGACAUUUUUGUUAAGAUGUUAAUUUCAUUCCAUGAGGGGAAUGAACAUUGAUUUGUUGAAAGGUUGAGAUUGGCAAUGAAAGAGCGCAGUAUAAAUACUUGGUUGUUUAGUAAUGCCGGCGUGCUGUGUAAUUAUCGUUAAGUUUGUAGUUUUUUAGUGCAUUUUAAUUGUUUACUUCAGUUUACAUGCUUCGGGCCAACUAGUGCAUUGAAUAUUUUUCUUAAUUUUACAUGAAUUUCAAGAUCAAUAUUUUAAAACGGGGGCCAGUCUGAAUUAUCAAUGUUUAACCAUUUUGCCAUAUUUCUCGAAAAUAUUGGUUGGUUCACUAAAUAUAAUUGAAAACCUAAACAAUAAAAUUAAAUUGAAGAGAUAAUAUGCAAAGAAAAGUUGUUGACAUCGAAGGUUGGCGUGAAAUAGAAAAACAUUUUUAGUUCUAAAUGACCCCCUGAUAACGGCCGACCCAUUUUUGGAUUAACGAGCCUUGUCUGUAUAUUACAACAACUGAAGGAAUUAUAACUAUUGAAGAAUGAUUUUUCGAUUCUCAAUCGCUGGGGGUUUAAUGAAAGUUUCUCUGCAUUUUACCACCCGGCCGGUACCGUACCAUCAAUAUUAUUGAUCAGAGAAUUGUGUAGUAGUAAAUAAUAAUACUGCAAGCAUGCCAGUUAAGAUUUGAAUUAUUUUUCCUCUUCUUGUAGCAUCUUAUUUAAUCAUCAUUAUUAGCUCUACAAAGAAACGUACACCAAGCACAAGGUGUAUAGGUUCUUUGGGGGUAUUGAAAUGUACAAUAACUAUUUAUGCGAAUGUGCAAUCUGAAUCGAAUAAAUGUAACUCGAUUUUAAGCAAAAUUUCUGACUGAAACGUUAAGUGUCCCCUCGUGAUUAAUAACGGAUUUGAUAAUUACAAUUAUCUGACGCACACGCAACACAAACAUGGAAGUUCUGAAUGCUGAUUUACCAAGCUGGAACGAAAAUCACCUGAAGGGGUUUUCUGGUUGAAAACCGUAAAAUAAACACCGCCAUGGUAACAAGUUUACUAAACAAAUUUAUUGACAGUUUAUUAUGGACCAUAAUAUUCAUAAGUAACGAUCUGGUCAAUGAUAAUCAGAAUCAAAAAUAAUUAAUUGUUUUAAAUGCACUAAUCGAAAGUUCAAAUACGACUCUUAUUCUAUAAGACAAUUUAAUUAAUAUGUGGCUGAUUUAACUAUAGAAGAAUACUGCUUAGAUUAUAUACCAGGUACCAUGUUAUUUUCAUUAUUUAAAAAUAUAAUUUUAAGUUUUCAAUAACUCUCAAUUCUUUAGAAACUAUUAAGAACAAGAUCGUAAUAGAAGGAUAUGCUGUCGUUUAGCCCCAAACAACUAAACAAGAUAAAGCUGUACAAAAUAUAUGUAUUUAAAAUAUAAUGACAUUCCUCAAAAUGACCUAAAUAAAAACCAGAAUAAUCUUAGUCAAUCUAAAUAGAAGGACAGACUGUCCGUCUUAAAUCAAUAGAAGAAUACUGCUUAGAUUAUAUACCAGGUACCAUGUUAUUUUCAUUAUUUAAAAAUAUAAUUUUAAGUUUUCAAUAACUCUCAAUUCUUUAGAAACUAUUAAGAACAAGAUCGUAAUAUAAGGAUAUGCUGUCGUUUAGCCCCAAACAACUAAACAAGAUAAAGCUGUACAAAAUAUAUGUAUUUAAAAUAUAAUGACAUUCCUCAAAAUGACCUAAAUAAAAACCAGAAUAAUCUUAGUCAAUCUAAAUAGAAGGACAGACUGUCCGUCUUAAAUCAAUUCAAAAUCUCUAACAACAGCAAUACCCCGGUGCUCAGUAAGUAACAAUAACAGUUCUCAGAAUCUCCUGACGUCUUUUGUUUCUCUCUACCUGAAUCAAAAUCCACGGUACUCAAAUUAAAAUGAUUCCACUCUCCUCCAGGAGAAGCAAUAUUAUUGUAUCGUUAUCUUAAACAUGAAGACAAAAAGGAAGAAAGUAUGUCUGGGUGUGAUUUGAAGGAAUCAUGUAUCACCCUUUGCUUGAAACUGUAUCCUUAACUCCCCCGGCUUUGUGUUUUAAUAAAUAAUACAUUUAUAAUAUAACCUUCUAGGGUGGGUGUAUCUUUCACUGUCGUAUUUCUACUUAUUGCGACUAUCGACAUCUGAAGAACAACUCAAUGGUAGACAAGAUGCCGCGUUCUGAGACUUAUUAAUGCGUGCAAUUAUUUAUAACAUGAGAAACAUGGUAAAUUUGGAACCUGUUUUCUCUCUGCUGAAUUAUCGGGAUUAAUAAUGAGGUCAAUGGAACAGACCUUAAAUAAAUUAAUUGUUUAUCUGAAAUUGAAACUAAUACAAAUUGGAGCGAGUGUUCCUCUUCACCUAACUGCACUAUGCCGAAGACAUUGCAAAAUUAUUCAUCUUUAAUGCUAAUAGAUAAGGUCUUUUGUGAGUAGUGGCGAUUCUAUGAUGAGCUUGUUUGUACUGUCAAUACCCCCACCCCACCCCCACCUUACCCAUCCCCUAUACUACUUCUAAAGCACAUUCCAACUCCAGUCCUCUAGCCACACCCUUCGCCCACUCCCCGAAGCUACCUCAAUCCCCCACCAGAGCCCACUCCUCAGAGACCACUUGUCCAGCCACAUCCUCUAGCCCACGUUCCCAUAGCCCACUCAUUUAUCCUUUUCCUAAGCCCAAAUCUCUAGCCCAAUCCCUGUGCCCAAGCCAAGCCCACCCUAGCCAACUCUCAAACCCACUCAAUUAGCCCACUCCUCAAACCCAAGCUACCUCUAGCCAUCUAGCCCAGCCCCCUAGCACCCUGCUCAAACUCAAGUUACCUAGCCCACUCCCAAAGCCAACACUCCGGAGCCCUUCGCUCACCUUCCAGUAUUGUUGUUGCUAGUUUUACACAGUAAUUAAUACGAUUCGUAGUGACAUGAUGAAGUACAUUGACCAGUUUACAGACUUGGGUUUGUUCCGUGUCAAUGUUUCGACGAGUGAACUUGUAAAAGAAUAAGACAGAGAAGUAAACAUAUCCGAAAUCUAUCAUAUAAGUCUGUCAUGAAUCCUAACCUGUUAUUCCCAAUAGGUCAAUGAUACCUAAAUGGAUGUCAUGUCCAAUUACAUCUCUCAACGGUACUCUUUUGUCUACACAUCUCCAGUCGAGCAAACACAGCAAAUGAAUUUAUCAUCGCAUAUAAUUCAAUCUGUCGAAGACGCUUUCUCAUUACCCCUUUGUCAUUUUUUUGUAAAUAUAUUCCACUCCGGUUUUUUUUUUUUUUUUUUUUUUUUUUUUAUUAUUUAAUUCCCCACUCCGAAUGCUACAGCGGAUGACACACCGUGCAUUCACCCUUCCCACAUCUCAUAACACCCAUAAAAAGCUUAUCAGUUUUGUAUCCAUUAUAAGAGGUCUAGUGCAGAACUUUACACAUGGUCGCCACGGGUCUUUUCAGUAACUAUCAUAACUUUCUAUCUAUGAAUCUGUGUCCACUUUUACCACACUACACUUUUUUACCCGGAAGCGACUUAGAUAAGGGGUGUGUUCCCCAAGUAGAGUAUAUGACCGGCUGAUGAUAAAUGGCGGUUGUUUUGAAACAAGGCCCACGGGUUUCUGGUGUCCUGUAAUGAAAAAAAAAAUUGUGAUAAAACUUGUAUUCAUACGAUGGAUGGGCUACAAGUCCGAAAUUUAUUUUAUUUUAACUGACGCGUGUGCGGCACCUAAAUGUAGCCCGAGCCGUAAAUGUAGCCUGACCUAAACAUGUACCUAGACCAAAUACAAUGUAAUUGUUCUUCACCCGGUCUUUAAACACAACUUAAACCGAGCAAAAAAACAUUCACGUUGCUUUCGGUCCGAGGUGCUACUGUUUUUAUUUUAAUAUUUCAAAAAAGGAAUCAGAUUGUGUUGAGAGAUCUAUUUCUGAUUGUUUUCCCAUAAUAAGUUACAAAUUGUUUGUCAGACUGUAUAUAUUGACUUUAAAAUAUAGCUCUACAAAAAAAUCAGUGCCCCUUUAUAGAUUUAGCCUGACUCAGACUGGGUCAAAUGAAGGAUAUUCUUGACUCACUUUGGUCAUAGGGGAGUCUGUCCAUAUAAGAGUCAAUUCAGAGUAACCUGGUCAAGUCUUUCAAGAACAACUUGGCAUAACUUACCCCAAAAGAUGCUUGAGCACCUUAUUUAUAUGUUCCGAUUAAACACUAAAAAAUAGUUCAUGACCCUUGAGGGUUUGUUUGACCCCAAAAUGCAUGUCUUGUACACCAGGCAUUAGUAUUUAUGAAAACAUUAGUGUAACGAUGGAUUGAAGGUUUACAGGUUUACGUUGUGUAAACAAAAACUGUGUUUAUACAGAGUCUAAUACUGCAUAAGGUUUUUUUUUUAACAAACUCUCACAUGACGGAGAGGUUCAUCCCUUCAUUUACAUAUCAACUAUACAUCCAAAUAUUUGAACCAAUCUUUAAUAUGUGUAAUAAUUGAGCAGUGUUAUUUGAACUUAUUAUACGAAUGAUAGAUGAUCUUUAAUUGAUAAACGAAAGGCACAACAACUAAUUUUGGUUAAAACCUCAGAGACUCAAAUGACUCGUGAAAUAUUUAGAAAAGGCUUUAUAUAUUUCUUUUAAAUUGUAGUUUACUUUAUCAUAGAAUUUUGAAAUUUAUAAAAACUGUAAUUUAUCUUAAUUAAUUUUACCUUCAUUGACAAAUAAAACAAACGUUCAUUUACGUUACGGACUUCUUUAAAAUUGUGUGUUUAAAAUAGUGUCUUGUUUUUGUACAUUGAUAAUUACAACUUCCUAAAUAAUUAUAGAUCUGUAACUUAAGUUUAUAAUUAUCAAUUUAAAGAAUCUAUACGUGAAACAAAGUCGUGAACUACAUAUACAAAUUCCGAUUAAAGAUAUGUCAUUGCAAUUGGA